AGCUCUCCCGCCGCGUCCGAGGGUCUCAGGCGCACAUGUUUAGCACAAAGGCAAAGUAUUGCCAUUGUACCCGCAUCUCGGCAACCCUGCGCACUGCUCUGUCCAUCAUCAAUGCCAGUCGAAGGUGUGAAGAUUUCAGAAGAGCCGUGCGGAGAGAAGCCUUGAGGGAGAUAAAGUUGCCUUCGCCUGCUGCUGCUGCUGCUGUGUAUAGAUGUGUUUAUAACUAAAAAGGACACAAGGUGUGUUUUUUUUUGGGUGGAGGUAGCUAUGUAGAGGAGCAAGCUGUUUCUGCACGGUGGUAUUUGUAUUUGAAGUGCGCGCGUGCUGUUUUGUAAAGGGGGGCUCUGUCCGAUUGAUUCCGUUGCUGCUGCAAUAGCCCACGAGAUUGUGGUGGGUCAGUGUCUGCUGCUACAGCAUUGCUAACACGGGAUCAUUAAUUGCGUUUGUACUGCAGCCGUCACGCUGUGUAGCUACGGAUGAUAUUCGUGUCAAUGUAAUGUGCAACGUCAUGUAAUCUGCCUUUAAAACGUGUGCAACUUUACCGUUUAAGCGAUCGAGAAAUAGAAUUGUCCUAAAUUAUGUUUGUCAAUUGUGGUACAGCACAAGUGUAGCGGGGCAUUGCGCGUCAAUAUAUGGUCCAAUAGUAUAAGGAAAGCUUGUGCUUUUAUAGUCCGUGGCUUUGCGUAUGAUUCGAAUAUAAAGCGCUCAUGAUUGAAAUGUUUCAGGAAAACGCGUGAGUCGUAUUGUGCUUGCCACUGUGCAAUAGUUAGAAAAGAGUUUUCACAUUCUCGGGUUAUAUCUAAUACGCGUGCAUUUAUUAACCAAACGUCUAUGGCAGUACAAUGUAUGUGAACACUGUUAUGAGCCUCGGGCAGUGGAUAAAAUCAGCCCACGAGCUCUAGGAGAGGUUGUAUACUUGCGAGCAGCACAUAGCCGCACAGUGCUCGCUGCCUGCUGUUUUGCACGGAUAUAGUCUUGCCUAGCCGCGAAGUCUAUACACAGCUGGACAGAUGUAGAGUAUAAUAGUCAUCUGUUACAUGCGUUGUUGGCUUAUGUGUAAGCGUACUGGCUGUAAAUUAUUCUUUCUGGCCCCUCGAGUAGGAUUACUCCGCUGGGUUGUUUUAUUGGAGUAAUAUACUGUCGAUCAAACUUUAGCUAUUGUAGUUCAUAUAUUGUUAAUAGGUCAUAGAUUCCGAACAUAUUGAGCAGAACGGACAGGCUACGUUGCACGUGCAACGCCACGUGACGCUGGACUACCCAAAAGUCCCGAGCAGCUAAAGAGGAUAGGGCUCAUGAUUGAGAUUAGUGUGCAUCUGUGCGCACGCUGUAUACAGAAAAGUACAAUAGCGUAGCAGCCAAGCGGGUGAAAUGUAGUGAAGAAUUCUCAAACUCUUACAAUCCAUCAACCGAUCAUCACGGUGAAGAUCGCGGCCAUGGGGUGCCCCCCUGUCAUCCGUGAUGCCCGCACCGCGCAGAUGCUGUUCGUGCUUCUGCUGGUCGCCUCGAGCACGGUGCGCUCAGAACGCCUGCUGUGCGACGGAGAGGAGCAAGCCAACUUCACAGGCCCACUGUGCAACGCGACGCGCGACGAGAUCGGCACGUGCUGGCCAGAGAGCGAGGCCGGCCGCACCGUGGCAACUCCUUGUCCCGAGCGCUUCAACGGCGUGCGUUACGACUCCUCCAAGAGUGUGAUCCGUGAGUGCCUGGCAAAUGGCACGUGGGCACAGCGCUCCAACUACUCCCUGUGCAAGCCAAUCAUCGACACCAAGCCGAACAGCCAACACUACAAAAUUGCACUCAUCGUCAAUUACCUAGGACACUGCAUCUCGCUGGCAGCCCUCAUCACCGCAUUUGGAUUCUUCUGGUGGCUCCGCAGGAGCAUCCGCUGUCUCCGUAAUGCCAUCCACUGGCACCUAGUGACCACGUUCAUCCUAAGAAACGCCGCCUGGUUGCUCCUGCAGAUCAUCGACUUGAGCACGCAGGAGCGCAACGAGCCAUGGUGCCGUGUGGUCAUCACGGUGUUCAACUACUUCCAAGUGACCAACUUCUUCUGGAUGUUCGUCGAGGGCUGCUACCUGCACACGGCCAUCGUCAUGACGUACUCGACGGACAAGCUGCGCAAGUCCAUCUUCGUGUGCAUCGGCUGGUGCAUCCCUGCGCCCAUCAUCACAGUCUGGGCGAUGGUGAAGCUAUUUUACGAAGAUGAAAAAUGCUGGUUUGGGAAAACGGAAGGGAAAUACAUCGACUACAUCUACCAAGGACCCAUUAUACUUGUUCUGCUGGUCAAUUUCAUUUUUCUUUUCAACAUCGUGCGUAUUUUGAUGACCAAGCUUAGGGCCUCCACAACUUCUGAAACCAUCCAGUACAGGAAGGCGGUGAAGGCCACGCUGGUGCUGCUGCCGCUGCUGGGAAUCACCUACAUGCUGUUCUUCGUGAACCCCGGGGAAGACCCCGUCUCCCAGGUCAUCUUCAUCUACGUCAACUCCUUCCUCAUGUCCUUCCAGGGAUUCUUUGUGUCAGUAUUCUACUGUUUCCUGAAUGGGGAGGUGCGCUCUGCCCUGCGCAAGCGCUGGAACCGCUGGAUGGACAACCACCGGCUGCAGGCGCGCGUCACGAGGGCCAUGUCCAUCCCCACGUCGCCCACGCGCAUCAGCUUCCACAGCUUCAAGCGCACGACGUCCGUGUGACGGCGGGAGCGCUCCGGAGAAUGACGAAUCACCGAGGGGGCGGUGGACAGCGACGACGACGAUGAUGACCCAGCGUCUGCGCACGCCGCUCUCGGAUUCCACCACCGCCGGCGCUCACCUGACGCUCCCGCUCAGGGUCAAUAGGUCGCAGAUUUACGUCCCAAAAACUCCAAACCGCUGUCCGUACGUAUUACCCAGAAUGGAUUCCUGGCGUCAAGGUGUUUUUUUUUUAUUACUUAGUGGGGUGGGGCGCUCUAUUUAUUUAUUUAUUAUCGUCGUUGCUAUUCGACGAAAAUAUCGUUCCAUCUGAAAGCGGAAGCAAGGGGUGACUCGAGCGGUUUGUCUUUGACUUUUUUCUUUCUCCCCAAAAAUCUAACGAUUCAAGCAGUGAGUAGGGCCGCGACGACUUGUGUUGCAGAAGGAGGACUUUCAAAGAGUGCACUGAGCCUCAGCCGGGGUGGAGAGCAGGGGGGGGUGGUGUUAGGCUGAUUUACAAAUUGGUAAAGCGGUGGUUAUUAAGCAAAACAUAAAAAAUUCGCCAGUUUAAACUUUGCUCGCUAGCAGGCAUGCGUGAAAUUUGUGGCGUCCCACGUAGCUGUAAGAGGAUCUCUUCAAACACGUGCGUGCACUUUAUUAAAAACACGCUCAAGUCAGGCGUUCGUCAAGGCAAGCGUCCGUCGUCAGACAACCUUGGCGGUAGUGCCCGUCUCUGUCGUCGUGGGUGACGCUGGUCGCGUGGGGGCAAGCCCUACAUUGCAGUAGCAGGGGCCAGUCUCUCCAUCAGAUGACCAUUGUGAACUUCUAGCACAGUGGUGUGCUCGUUUUUGUCAACCCUGGAAGGACAAUGAGAAAUGUUUCACCGAUGACCCUCCAGUUUGUAAAGUCCAACGGUGCAGCAUUGCCAAUAGUGUCACCCGGCCAGAAGUGAAAACCACAAUUCAAGUACGAACACGGAAGGGAGCAGAGCAAUGAGAAGCAGUCGACAAAUGUCUUCAAUAUCAAGAGUUCAUCGCAGCCAGUGUUGGUGAUGCCACCACCCCUUGCCAUCGCGUCCUUCCACUUGACCCCGUCGGCACCUGACUGCCAAGGCUUUCCCCAACCUGUCCCUUUCAUCAUCAGCCAUGGUCUAUCCACUGCUGGACGAAGGCCCAACGAAAGACGUCGCCAUCACCUGUGGUCCCCACGAUGUGACAAUCCAUCUGGCACCCGCGAACGAGCUGACUUCAUCGUUCCGCCUCCGCGGUGGACGUCCUCCCGGGCCGUGUCGCUGCCGCUCCGUUCUUAGUCUCGGCCGCCGGCCAUCUUCCCCUUCCAGCUCCACGAUCUCAGAGCCACGGUCAUUCAUGUGCGGGAAAUAAUGUUCACUUUAUACAUUGCGUUCUUUGUUUUUUAUCAUCAGUUGCAUUCCCUGCCCACACCCGCUUAUUUUACCUAAUUUUGAUGUCUAUAGCUUAAGUAUUUUAUCCAAUCCGUGAGUUCCUCUUUCAAUCAAAGAGUGUGAUUCCCAGCAUGCACCUCUCCAUGCUUCUUUGUAAGCUUUUCAGGUUUGGUCUCAGUGUCUUUGUCAGUGUCCAUGUUUCAUUUGUCGUAGCACGUAAUAAUCACCGAUUAAAAUACAUUUUUAGGCUCAUUGCUGUUCUUGCUUCUCAUUGUGAAGUUAAAUUCCCGCAAAUCACACCUUCUGCCUCUUUAUUUCAUCACUUUGGUCCCGUUUCACCUUUAAUAAAUUCCCUGGGUAUCAAUAAUCAAAUACAUUUUCCCAGGUGGGACAUCCCAACGGGUAUCUCCAGUUGGCUAGCAAAGUUGUGCAUGACGUUUCUUCUGCUCAGAUUUACCUUGAACUCCACCUAACAGCGUUUUUUUAUUAAGCUCGGCCACAACUCCAUGUAGUUUGUUUCCACUGGUUAUAACGACUCUGUUAUUAUCAGUAUAUAUCACCCAGAUCCGGAAGAAUGCUGUUUAACAGUGGAGCAACGUGGACGUCCUGAAUAUGCAGCUCAUUCGAGACCCAAACAUCGUCGCAUUUCCUGGCUUUGACAUUCCCUCGAAGACACUGGUGGUGGAAUCAUCAAUCACAUGAGAACAUCGACAGGCCGAUGUGCACAUUCCCUUCAUGAAUGAAAGAUGUAUGGCAGGCCACGGUCGUGCGAUUUUGGCAAUGCAACCCAAACGAUUUCCCAUGAAUGUAAACAUUGUAGUCUGCGCUCCUUCACCAAAGCAGCUGGAUCUACAGACUUCCACUGCAGAUUACUGGCCAUGGGCAAGCAGGCAUCGGAAUCGAAAGCCGUGCAAGAGAUAAACAACGGAAAUGUGGAUUUACCACCCCUCCACCCCCCAUAUAGGGUUUGCGAUGAGUGUACAUCUUUGGCAGUGCAACGAUAAGUAUGUGAUUUAAUUUUAAAUUUGUAGCCGUGAAACUUGUAUUAUUUAAUUAGCCAUCCUGCAGCAUGCUAGCGAGAGAAGACGGGACACGUUCACGAUUGCUGACAUUUCUGCAACAACAAAUGAAAUAAAAUAACAUUUCGUAUGACGGCGGUGAAUGGGACUUGGACAUAAAAUGGCAUUCUGGAGAACGUUUUCAACAUACUUUAAUUGUGAGUUUUCAUAAAAAAAUUAUUUGUUGAUCGAGUGCCACAGGCUUCUAGAACACACACACACACGCGCGCGCGCACGGUGUGAUUGUGCACAUUUCCCAAACAAUAGCCUCGGACUUGCACAGACUUUGUCGACUCCGUUUUGCCCUGGAACGGAACGAGUCUGGCUGUUCGGAGACUUGCAGCGUGGCUCAGUUUUACCCAUAACGAAGGUUUAGUAUCUGUCCACUGUGGCAGAAUAUCCCCAGUGCGAUCAUUUAUCACAAUGCUCGGAAGAUCUGCCGUGCGUCAUAAUUGGGAGGUUUGUCCGUUGUGGACUUGUUACGAUGUAAGUGGAACACGCAACGUGAGAGAAGACACAAAACAACAACAAACAGCUAUUGUAGCUUACACACCUAGGCUCAAUGAACAAUACUCUCCAACAUGAGUUUUGAAACGUUCUUGUUGAGAAAAAGACUUUAAAUGGACAUUCAGGAACACAGCUUAUUUUGGCAGCGCCAGCGUGUCAGAUAUCACUUAAGAAAGCUUAUUGCACAGCCUAAGUGUGUAGAAGAGUUUUUUUUUGUCACGUGUUUGUUUAAUAGCUGCAGCAGAAAGAAUUGUAUUGGCAUGUUUUAUUUCAUUUAAUGGAAUUUACUGUUUUUGUGCUUGAAACUGUACACUGUUGGCUUAAAUGUUUCACAUAAGGUACUGCUUAUGGCACAAGCCCCGUGCAUAUCUUUGUAUAUAUACUUACGUAUAAAGUCAUACACUAUGGCUGGGCAAUACUUUUAUAUUUCGAUGUUAACAGUUUCGUGAAUUAUUACAUUUUUUUAAACGGAGGAGCAAUACGAAACUUGGCACACGGCAGCAGAGGCUUCAGUGUCAGUGAUCAAUCGAUGUCAGAAUUAACAAAAAUCACUUCGGUGCAGAAUUAAAUGACCAUUUAAACUUGUCAAAUCUCGAUGCAAACGAGGCUAUUGUGCACCGAGUUUCCAAUAUGCAUCUCAUUGUAUCAGUUUUAUACGGUCGGUCAAAAACUAUGCCAUGGUGGCAUACAAGUAUGUGUGAGUGUAAUCUAGCCACUGUGGGAGUAUAUACAGAUUAAAUGUGUGCGUAUAUAUAUCUGUGUGUGUGGUUAGCACAUAGUGCGACAAUUCCAGCAACAGGGGUCCAAUUCGCAGUUAUGGAAUAUGAACUUGUUCUGGACCUCCUGUGCCUCCUCGAAGUCAACUCAGUAUUAAAUGAGUGCCUGAGAGUGGCAUUCCGUGACUCCAGUUCAGGUGGUCAGUGAGCUCCGUGCCGGGUUUUGCAAUUGCAGGUGACAUGAGCAGGUGAUCAAUGGAUUAAGUGUGCAAUUUGAAGCGGUGGCGAUGCUUAAUGAACCAGGUUGCUGCCUCCCAGGAGGCCACGGAGAUUUAUUCACGAGAAAACCUGAAACGGAACCCAUUACUCACCUGACCUGAACCCACAGUCCCCAAUGGUGCCUGUCGGAAUGACAGAUAUCUGCACUGGAGAGACAAAGGUGGCUGAGCACAGUACUAUAGCCGUACAACCGCCUCACGUGUCAUACCCCCCCCCCUAAUAGGUGCUCACCAGAGGUGUGGACUCGAGUCAUGUGACUUGGACUCGAGUCAGACUCGAGUCAUGAAUUUGAUGACUUCAGACUCGACUUGGACAUGCAUAACAAUGACUUUGUCCCACCUCUGAGGUGUGGACUCGAGUCAUGUGACUUGGACUCGAGUCAGACUCGAGUCAUGAAUUUGAUGACUUCAGACUCGACUUGGACUUGCAUAACAAUGACUUUGUCCCACCUCUGGUGCUCACUAACAGCGCUUGUCACUGUCAUUUACGUGGCUGCAUUGGCAACCCUUAUCUGCGUGUGCGUAGAGUGCAGUGUACAAUGCAGAGAAUUAGCAUAGUAGUUCAUGCGCUUCACGUAUCUCUGGUCACCUGGGUUCACCCUUUGCCAAGCAAAAUACCAGUAGCAAUUGGUAUCUGUAUCUAUCACAGGCCUCUCCUAGGUGGACUAGGCCUGAGAUGAUUAAAACAAAGAAAUUGCACCUUUACUCCAAUAAGAGUUUGGCUGCGUCAUCUCCCUUGGCGGCACUCAGCCAGCAGUGGAAAUUCCUCGUUCCCAUGCCGGGAGCCACUCUUCUUCGUUAUAAUGACCACUGUUGACUUCCCACAAAGUGGUACCCUUCUUACGACUGUGCACCGUUGUGCUAUGCAGCUCUCCAAUGUGUUUUCAGAUUGUGGCCGCUAUCUGCUGUUAAGUGUGAUGGGGGAAAAUAAAUGAAUACCGACUCAGUUCCCGAAGAAGCUCCCAGCACGUGGAAAAAAUGGCAGACUUCACCGAAAUAAAUUUUCCUGAAGAAGCUCCUAGCACUUGGAGCGAAACGUCGGACAUCAUGCCGAACGACAUGUUGUACAAGUGGAAGAAUACAUUGGAGAACUGCGGUCCUCGUUAUAUCGACCUUGAGGGGAUGAUGGACUGAGUCGACUGCUCAUGCUCUCUGAUUGUGACUCAUGAUCUCUGACCACAGCACCCACCAAGGCGAAGCAGAGCAGCUGAUGUGGGAUUCUUUCGAUCAACAACCGAGCAUUUUCUGGCCCCAAACAUCCCCUCGAUUCCCACGUCGGUCUUAACAGCACUUCUUCGAACAGUGCAUGAAGAAAUUCAAAUUAUUUGUCUCUUGUAUAUUUGUAUAGUAAAUUAAAUUAUUCUGCUAUCAUAUACAAGUUGAAUGUAACGUUAUUUUUAAGUGAUUUUAUUUUUUUUCUGCCUGGCAAGGAAACGUUUAAUGUUGAGCUCAAGCUGGUCUUUAUAUAUUUAGGAUAUACAUUAUUUUUACCGAGUUUGUUUUCUUUUUCUGUAUCGGUGAGAAAAAUAACUCAUUUUAUUGUCCUUUAACCCUAUACACUUAUUUAAUUUGACUGUGUAUAUGUUUAUAAAUGCAUUGUGUUUUGUGUUACGUGUGUAUACUACGUGUCAUUUUCAUAUACUGAAUGUGUGGAUGUGUGUGUGUGUAUAUGUAUGGGAAUUACACGCGACACGCACAUGUGUGUACAAAUGAAAAAUAAAACCCAAGUGAAAUCUGUUGGCAUUGA